AUGAUGGCGAUGAAAGUAGUUUUUGUCGGAGACGUAUCAAAAUGAAAAGCGUCCCUCCAUUUCCCUAUGCAUACGCAUUGUCCCAUUUGCGUCGCUGGUGAAGUAGGAGUUGUGUAAAAUACACAAUUAAGCUAAAGGGAUACGGAAAAACCAAAAUCGAGUAUUGGCAGGCAUGGAAAAGCGUAGGCGUUGCAUGCUGAGCAUGACCGCGACCCACUGCCACUGGCUGCGUUCGCGUUGUACAUAAUAGCACGACAAAUUGCCUGGAGAUUAGGUCGCGAAUGUGCAGUCUUCUUUUCCUGUGGCAAGAAUACCGUUCGAUUUGUGUACGCAAAUCAGCAUGAUAGAUCUCCCUUCUCAGCAUCAGGAACAACAAGGGGGAUGGCUCCUCAGGAUAGGCCGCCAACGUUGGAAAGACCGCCUUGUUUGAGAAGUGGAAGACCGGCGAAACGCCGCUGGAUACCGAAGCAACGAUUGGCAUCGAAUUUGAGCGGCGCCCAGUGACUUUAUCGAGGUAUAACUCCUAUUGCUGAGCUGCGGAAGUUAAAACUUUGCGACGGGGAGGAAAAUUGCCCACGCCGAAAAUUAUUUGCCCGUUUUCAAACUUUCCAAAGCUGUCGCGAUUUGCGAAAUCGGCCAACGGCCAACGGCGAACGGCCAACGACGAAUCGCCCAAGUCCCAUGGCAAACGGCGAAUCGCCCAACGGCGAAUCGCCCAAGUCCCAUCGCAAACGGCGAAUCGCCCAACGGCGAAUCGCCCAAGUCCGAUCGCAAACGGCGAAUCGCCCAAGUCCCGCCGCAACGGCAACUCGAAACAUUUUGCAACUCCAAAUAUUUUGCAACUCGAAAUAUUUUGCAACUCCAAACAUUUCGCAACUUCAAAUAUUUUGCGGCUCAAAAUAUUUCGCAAGUCCAAAUAUUUUGCAACUCAAAAUAUUUCGCAAGUCCAGAUAUUUUGCAACUCAAAAUAUUUCGCAAGUCCAAAUAUUUCGCAACGCAAAAUAUUUUGCGACCCAAAAUAUUUCGCGACCCAAAAUAUUUUGCGGCCCAAAAUAUUUCGCGACCGAAAAUAUUUUGCGACCCCAAAUGUUUUGAAAUCCCCGAAAAAUAUUUUCAGGCGAAAAUAUUUUGCAACAAUCUCCCAAAACCCUGUAUCCCCGGUUUUGCAGCUUGGGGAAAGCGGGAAGCACGGGGAAAGCGGGAAGCACGGGGAAAACAGGAAACACCGCCGGGGAAAACGGGAAACACGGGGAACGCGGGAAAUACAGGGAAAGCGGGAAACACAGGGAAAGCGGGAAGCACGGGGAAAGCGGGAAACACGGGGAAGGCGGCAAGCCCGGGGAAUGCGGGAAGCACGGGGAAAGCGGGAAACACGGGGAAAGCGGGAAGCGCGGGGAAGGCUGGAAGCAGGGGGAAAACGGCAAGCACGGGGAAAGCGGGAAGCGCGACGGAGGCGGGAAGCACGGCAGAAGCGGGGAGCACGGGGAAAGCGGGGGGCACGGGGGAAGCGGGAAGCACGGGGAAAGCGGGAGGCACGGGGAAAAUAAGCGGGAAGCAUAGGGAAAGUGGGAAGCACGGGGAAAACGGGAAGAAGCACGAGAAAGGCGGGGAGAACGGGGAAAGCGGGAAACACGGGGAAAGCGGGAAGCACGGGGAAAACGGGAAACACGGGGAAAACACGACGGAGGCACGGGCGGGGGGCGCAAAGAAGGCGGGGGGCAUGGGGAACGCCGCCGGCGGCCACGCCCCAGGCGAGCAGCUGCCCACCACCCUCCCCCGGCGCCCUCCCUCUGUUCGCGAAGGGGAAACCGCGCCCCAGCGCCAGGUUUGCAGGCGAGCAGCUGCCCACCACCCUCCCCCGGCGCCCUCCCUCUGCUCACGAGGAGACCGGCAGAGGGCGCCACCGUCCGCCGCCUCUGUCUUGGACGGUGCGCGCGAGGGAGGGAAGCAGGCGGGGGCGGAGCAGAUUAUUGCAUGCGAGCUAACGCGGGAAGCGCCGUCGUUGUCCGGGGGUGCUGGGGGAGGGUGGUGGGCCCCUGCGCCUGGGGGGCAAUGUAUGAAUGAAUGCCCCGCCCCGGCCCCCGUCCUGCCUCCAUCCACGCGCAGGGCAGGGGCCCCCGCUCUGCAAGGCUGCGCGCGGGAGAAGGGCGGCCGGGAGGAGCACCAAGGCGCGCAGGGGCAGCCGGGGCACAAAGGCAGGCGGCACGAACGGGCCACGCCGCAAACGCGCGGGCGGGGCGUCACGCGCCCACGCCUCGCAGGGCGCGGACUGUUCCUUUGCCUCCUUCCCCCGUCCACUGGCGCCCGCCCGCAGCCGCGCUUUGCGUUGUUGCUUGGGCCUAAGGCUUGCCGCCACGCAAACGCGCGCCCCAUGCGGGUGGGGUCCUCGCGCUCGCGCAGAGACUGGAACCACGGGCGCCAUGGCGCUCCGCCUUCGUUCUUUCAGCAAGAAGCGGCGCAGAUGCCUGGCCCCACCCUGCAUCAAAAACUUUUUCCCUUGCCCACCCUCUGGCGUUUUUCUUUCCCCCCUGUCCACUCGUUCACCCUCCCACUACGCGACAUAAGCUGCGGCCUUGUAACAGUAACUAAGCAGCUCAGGCGCAGUGUCAUAGCGUAGUAGUGCUCAGUUUCUAAGGCGGUCGUGGCGGCAUCUUCACUUUCACACGACCUGGAAGCAUUACAACAAAACUCGUGAUGAACGUGAAGAGUUCCAUGUCCAUCAGCACCAGCUCGAUUUUUCGAGCAAUCUAUGGCUACAUUUUUACAUUUCGCAUCAAAUUGGUGAUUUUUUUAAAGUUGGAUUUGCCCUCGUCUCCCUCUAGUAUCUGCUGCUGGAACCGAAUUCGGGUUCGCCGCACAGGGAACCACUAGCUUUUGUUGUUGACCUUGAUAGACAAUUCCCAAAGACUACUUGCCGACAUCGUUCGCAAGUUCCUCGAGCCCAAGCCGUAGCGGAAUUAUCACUACUGGAGCGCAGCAGGCCGAACAAGAUGAAAAGGGGCAAGCGGUGAUGCUCACGGUCUGGGACACAGCGGGCCAGGAGAAGUUUCGAUCGAUGGCAACUCACCACUAUCGGGGGACGGCGGGCGCCUUACUGGUGUACGACAUCACGGACGAAGAAACUUUCGACAACCUGGCGACCCGAUGGAAGCCAGAGGUCGUGCAGCUUGCCGUUGAGAAUGUGGUACUAGCGGUUGUAGCCAACAAGUGCGAUCUUCAGACUGCUAAGAAAUGCACCUAGUAGGGAGGCCGCAGCGACAAGAGCUGCAGUAGACUCUUCUCAAUCAUCCACCGCAUCGACAAGUGUUAUUUUCUGUACCAAUGGGAAAUAGAAUACAAAUAAUGCCCAAGGAAGGAAGAUCGUGAUCGUCGGUCUCAGUAUAUUCUUGUACUACUAUGAAUGAAUGUAUACGGUUGGAGUAGAGAGAGAAAAAGCAUGCAGAUAAACGACACAGUCAAAAUUGCCCAGCGGCUUCUUUACUUGUUUUGACAACGACAACGGUGACACCGGGUAAGGCAAUGGUAGAAAGAGGGCGGGCAUUUGCGAAGCAAAAUGGAUGCCUUUUUUUCGAAACCAGCAGCCAUUGGGACCGUGAGAUGGUUUCAUCUACCUCCGCUGCCGCGAAGACGCCCCCCUCGUCGGAGGCAGGGAUCGAAACCAUUCUGCAGCGCGUCGGAGCCGAAAUCUUACGGCAAAACGUCGGGAAGUGUGCUUCAUCGGGGGGCUUACGCCUCACUGCAGGUGCGGGGUGCAACCAAGAGCUACUAAAUGGUUGUGCGUGUUAAAGCUCCGUCAAAGUCAAACAAAGACACAGGGAACCGCAAACCUCAAGAACUAAGACCCUGCUACUGAAUGGCGCAUGUUGCUGCAGCAGGUAGCACUUUUUUCUGUGAGAGGUGCAUUUCUUGCGCGAAUUAAUAUUUUAUAUCCUUAUCCAGCACCACAAAAUCCAACAUGGAACACAAAGAUAUCAUCAGCAU